AUGCUGCAGCUAUUAGAGGAGGUAAAAGAAGAAAAGGAGACACUUGUGCAGCAAAGGAGACACCUAAGAGCAGAGGAGAAUAAACUGCAGCAAGAGAUGGAUGAAGCAUCAAAGGGUUUAAGUCUCUUCCAGGCCGUUCUUAUGGACUUAGGGGUGUCUCCUUUUAAUGCUUUUUAUUCCCGUAAGAAAAAAGGGGACAGCAGCAGCAGCAGCAGCAGCAGCAGCAGCAGCAGCAGCAGCAGCAGCAGCAGCAGCAGUAGCAGCAGCACUAACAGCAGCAAGGCGGGCCCCCAUGAGGGUACAGCAACAAUGGGUAUUAAAGCAGCAGAGAGGAGACCGUCGGCCUCGCAGUCUGCUGCUGCUGCUGCAACAGCAGCAGCAACAGCAGCAACAACAGCAGCAGCAGCAACAGCAGCAGCAGCAGCACCAGCAAAGAUUGAGGGUACAGUGGGAACCUCUCUCCCUGCAGAGGCCCCCCUAAGCACAGUAGCAGCACUAAACAGGGGCCCUCAGGGGGGCCCCUCUGGGGGCCCCUCUUUGGGUUCCCCAGCUGAGGGUACAGGUGCCUGUGGGGCCCCCACCUCAUACACUGCAGCAGAAGGGGUACGGGGGCCCCCAUUGGUGUCUCUACCUCCUCUAAACCCCUCAAGGGGCCCCCAGAUGCUGCAUGCAGGGGGCCCCCUGCAAGAGGAGACAGCGGAGGCACCGCAGCCAGCAGAAGAUCCCAGCAGCACUCCUGCUGCUGCUACUCCUGCUGCUGCUGCUGGGAGCUUGAGCAGCAGCAGCAGCAGCAGCAGCAGCGACAAAUGGGGUGGCUUGAAUCCUCCAGCUCCCUCCAAAGGGAGCAGCAGCAGCAGCAGCAGCAUAAACAGCAGCAGCACUAGCAGCAGCAGCACUAGCAGCAUCAGCACCAUCAAUCGAAACAGCAGCAGCAGCAGCAGCAGCAUCAUGAGCAUGAGCAGCUUCAGCCGAAGCAGCAGCAGCAGCAGCAGCAGCAGCAGCAGCAGCAGAUGGCAGCAAGAAUGGAACUGCAGGAGUCGUUUGCUGGCGCUGCAGAUAAGCGAUGCCUUAGGCAUAGAGGAAUCCUCAGGAGGAUUUGCUGCUGCUGCUGCUGCUGCAGCAGCAGCAGCAGCAGAAGCAGCAGCAAACGAUGAUUAUUAUGAUGAUACUGCAGCAGCAGAUGAAGCAGCAACGGAGAUACAGCAGCAAACGCUGGAUAGUGCUGCUGCUGGUACCGCUCCUUCUGCUGCUGCUGCUGCUUCUCCUGCUGCUCCUGAUGCUGCUUCUGCUGCUGCUGAUCCAGGGCCUGUUGCAACGGAAGAGUCUUCUGCUGCUGCUGAUGCUGCUGCUGAUCUGCAGCCCGCAACUACAACAGCAGCAGCAGCAGCAGGGACAGUUUGCCCACAAGAAAAAACGGAGGGUCUCAUUGGGGGCCCCUCAGCAUACGAGGGGGGCCCCCGCGUUAAGGGGGCCCCCGCAAUGGAGGGUACUGAGGAGGUGUCUGCUUCUGCUGCUAAGGAGACAGCAAACGGCAGCAGAGAGGGGCCCCCCGUAAGACCCUCUGCUGACGGCCAAGGGGCCCCCCCCUCUGCUGCAGCAGCAACGGGGCUCCAUCUGCCGAUCGGCGCGGCUAAUAGCAGCAGCAGCAGCAGCAGCAGUGUCUACACGGGCAGCAGCAACAGCAGCAACAGCAGCAGUCGCGACACCACAAGCUGCAGCGGGAUUUUAGCAGACAGGUGCAGCAACGACAGCAGCAGCAACCGAAUAGAAGAGAGCAGCAGCAGCAGGAACAGGAGCAGCAGCAGCAACAGCGACAGGAGCAGCAGCAGCACCAGCAGCAGCAGCAGCAGGAGGAAGGCUGCAGCAGAGCCCCUUACUCUCUCUGAAGCAGUCGGCAGCAGCAGGCUAUGCAGCAGCAGCAGCAGCAGAAGCAGCAGCAGCAGCAAACAAGCAGAUACUGCAGCACGACUUCCUUCAGAGGGGACCCCACCAAGAAACAAUCAGCAUUGCGCUGCAGCAGCAGCAGCUCCUCCAGCAGCAGCAGCAGCUGCUGCUGCUGCUGCUCCUGCUGCACCGAAGGGGUAUGUGGGUGUAGAGGGCCCCUCUACUGCUGUACCCUUUUAUCGAGGGAUGGAGGGGCCCCCCCCAAGCAGCUUAAGGAGAGAGGGGGGGCCCCCAAAGACCCUUUGGGGGGUACCGCCGCCUAGUAGACCAGCAGCAGCAGGAGCAGCAGCAGCAGCAGAGCCUAGAGCAGCAACAGCAAGUGCACCAGCAGCAACAGCACCUACAGCGUCAGCAGCAGCAACUGCAGCAGCAACAACGGCAACGAGCAAGUUAGAUGCUGCUGCAGGGGCCCCUAAGGAGAAGCAAGGAAGUACCCUAGGGGGCCCCCAACUAGAUGUUAAGGUUAAUGACACACAGAAAGGGGACAUUCAUAUAUAUUGGCAAGUUAAGGAGGGGCCCCCGGGGGCCCCGGGGCCCUUGGGGCCCCUUGAGUUGCAGGCUUGUGUGGUAAACUGCAGCAGCAACAUCAGCAGCAACAGCAGCAGCAGCAGCAGCAGCAAGCAGCAGCAGUUGCUGCUACACUCUACAAGCAGCCCCCUUGUUAUCUCCCCUCCCUGCAGCAGCGGAGAGUACCACAUAACGCUGCUGGUUAGGCCCGUACAGCAGCAGCAGCAGCAGCAGCAGCAGCAGCGCAGCAAUUUGCCGCCAAUAUGUGGGGUGUCUGUACAGCUGGUCCUAGACAGCAGCAAAAUCACCAGCCAGAGGGUUCGUACCCUUCCUGUCCAUAGGCUGUCAGUAAGGGGGCCCCAGGGGCCCCCCAACAGGGGGCCCCCCUCCUCAAUAAAUUACAACAAGGGUAAUCAGGCACAAUCAAUGGGGGGGCCCCUAGGGCCUCAACCUAACAAAGUAGAAAAAGGAGGGGCCCCCCAGCCGCUGCUGCAACCACAACAGCAGCAACGGCAACCACAUCAGCAGCAGCAACAGCAGCAACUGCAGCAGCAGCAGCAGCAGCAACUGCAGCAGCAGCAACUGGAGGAGCAGCAACUACAACAUCAACUACAACGGCAGCAGCAAUUGCGACAGCAGCAGCAACAACUGAAAGAGCAACUGCAACAGCAGCAGCAACUGCAGCAGCGGAAGCAGCAGCAACUGCUGCAGCAGCAGCAACUACAGCAGCAGCAGCAGCCGCAACAGUCAAGAGCUUCGCACCUCCACACUGAGGAAGACCCCACAAUUACAGGGGCCCCCGGGGGCCCCUCAGGGUACAGCCUUACAUCGAGCAGCAGAUGCAUGCAGUCUGUUGUCCUUACACCCAAUGCAGAAGCAGCAGCAACCGCAGCAGCAGCAGCAGCAGCAAGAGGACCCUCACCAACAUAUCCUGUAUCUCCUGCUGCUGCCUUAGGGGUCAAGACCCCAAAGUCUGCUGCUGCAACUGCUGCUGCAGCAUUAGAGGCAGCAGCAGGCCCUGCAGCAGCAGCAGCAGCAACUGAAGCAGCAGCAGCAGCACCAACAACACCUCGCCGUGCAGCAGCAGCAGCAAUUGCCUUGGCAGCAGCAUUCUCUCCUCGUGCUGCUGCAGCAACAGCAAAGGCAGCAGCAAAAGCAACACAAAUGUUGGGGGCCCCCUUGACCCCUAAAGUUGAGGGCCCCCCUCCACCUCUCUCGAGGUCUUCGUGCCCUACGGGGGCCCCCCAAGGGGGCCCCCCUUCAGCUCCUUCGAGGGUCUCGUGCCCUCCGGGAGGGGCCCCCCAAGGAGGCCCGCCUGCUGCUCCUUCGAGGGUCUCGUCCCCUGCGGGGGCCCCCCAAGGGGGCCCCUCUGCCAAAAAGGGGCCCCCUAACAUUCAACUGACAAGGACCCACCUAAGGCAGAUGAUAAAAAACCCCGUAGGUUGUCCAGGGGGGCCCCCAAUGGCUGUGGGGCCCCCCAUGGGGGCCCCCUCCCAAGAGGGUACUACGUUGUUUGCUGCUGCACCUGCAGAGGUUGGGACCCUAGAGUACACUGUACCCAGUCGGGGAAGUUGGGGCCUCUGGAGGCCCCCGGGGGCCCCCUUCGCUCCUUCGCCCUCUGGAGAGGUGCAUGCGCAGGCUACUGCAGCAGCAACAGCUUCUGCUGCUGCUGCAGCAGGCUGGGGCCCCCUGCAGCAGCAACCGACUCGGCUGACUCAGGGUACCGCUGUACCCUUCGGUGUUGUUACCCAUAAGGGGGCCCCCGUUGCUACAGGCCCUGAGCAAUAUGCGGGGGCCCCCUUGAUGGGGACUUCUUGGAGGGGGGCCCCCCCAGCAGCAGCAACGGCAACAAUCCGAAGUACCUCGAUUGAUUCGGGGGCCCCCCAGCAAGCACAAGGACCCCUAACUCCCUUAGCGGGGGCCCCACUAGGACCCUAUACUAUAAGGGGCCCCCAAGUAUCUACUAUACCUACAGUGUCUGUACACCCCACAAUACAUCAUCAAGAAGACACAAUAAGACCCCCUUGGGGGCCCCCUUCGUACCCUCUUGGGGCCAUGGGGCCCCCCGGACGAACAGCAGCAACGUACGGGGGGCCCCCUACAGGGGCCCCGAGAGGCAGAUCGCCACCGUACAUUGAAAGGGGGCCCCCAAGGGGGCCCCCUUCUGUUGAUAGCAGCAGCAGAGGGUACAGCGUGGUACCCAUGUACAGACCAACCAGGUACUGCAGGGAGACAUUAAGUGAGACCUUGAGGGGCCCUCAGGGGCCCCUCGACGGGACCACCAAGAUGGCUGCAGAGGGGCCCCCCGGGGUGCCCCCCCAGGGAUGGGGGGCCCCCCUUUGUAACACAAUAACGGGAUGCAGGAUAGUGGGGCCCCCUCUAACCAGGAGGGCCCCCAGCCUAGCGAGGCCCUCCUGUGGGCCCCUUAUGGGUAUGCCAGGGGGGCCCCUCAACACCACUCAAGUAAGCAUACACACCAGCAGCAGCAGCAGCAGGAACAGCACACAGAGCACUGUGCAGCUGCAGGGGCCCCCCAACGGAGCCUGUGCUGCUGCUGCUGCGCAACACCAUAUGUGGCUGAUGCAGCAGCAAUACCUCAGGCAACAGUGGCAACAGCAGCAGCAGCAGCAGCAGCAGCAGCAGCAACACCAACAGCAGCAGCAGCAGGGUUCACAUACACCCCGAGGGGCCUCCCUGAGGGUACCACAACUGUUUGCCCCUCAGCAGACACCUAAAGAUGUCUCCCUAAUCAGCACUAGGGGGCCCCCCAUGCAGCAGCAAACCCUGCAGCAGCAGCAGCAGCAGCAUUACCUGCAGCAGCAACAGCUGCUGCACUUACAGCAAAUGCAAGGUCAUCAACAACACCAAGAAGCAGCAAGGCUCCAUCAGCAGCAGCUGCAGCAGCUGCAGCAGCAGCAGCAGCAGCAAGACCACCCCCCACCGCAGCAAGCCAAACAGCAGCAGCAGCAACAGCAGCAGCAGCAGCAGCAGAAGCAACAUGGAUCCCCCCUACGUCUUAUUAGGGCCUUAGAUCCUCCUCCUCAUGAGCAGCAGCUAACACAAGGUCAUUACCUCUCGCAGCAGCAGCAGCAGCAGCAGCUGCGGCAGCAGCAGCUGCUGCAGCAGCAGGCGCAGCAGCAGCAAAGGCAGCAGCAGCAGCAGCAAAUGGGCCCCCCUAGACAACCCCAAGGGGUUUAA